AUGGGGAAGAAUAUAUUCCAGUUUAUGACAUCUCUUGCAAUGACACAAUUCAUCGGUGUAGUCGACUUUGGGGCAAAUUACGUGGAAUAGACAUUCACCACAAGACCAACUGCCUGUCAGGUUGAGGCCCCUGCACGAUGUGAACGGCUCUGUGACCAGUCGCUACCAAAGCUGAAAAACCGGUGGACCGCAUUUUAUGACCCGGAUUCUGUUGGCGCGUUAAAACCCGUAGUCCAGAGCCGUUCCACAUCCAGGUUCCGAUCCAACGCGGGCAGGAAUCCUCGAUCAGGGCAGGUCAUCGCCGUGCUAACGGAGGGUAUGAAACUCCCCGGAAAACGGGGCGGCAUGACCGUCCCCGAAAUAGGACGGGCCAUAUAUGGUGAGGUACCUGGGGAAAUCAUCGAGAAUGCAAUCGUGCCGUUCCUGUCGCAGGUCUUAUGGAAACUGGCCGAGGACCGCAAAGUCGGCUUUGAGCCAGGCGAGACGAAUAAACGGCGGUGGUUUGAAUUGGUAGCACAGUAA